AUGGCAGGGCACGGCACCCGCCUGCUCCUGCUCCUGGGUCUCAUGCCAGCUCUCUUGCUGGCUGUGCGGAUCAACAGCAAGGGCCGGGAGGUGCUCUACCUGGCCAAGGGUGACUCCGUUAAGCUGGGCUGCCCCUACGUCCUCGAGCCCGAAGACAACGGUCCCCAGGACCUGGGCAUCGAGUGGAUCCAGAUAACACCGGAGCGGACUGGCCCGGAGAACGUGUUCCUGUCCUACCACGACCACCACGUGAACUACGGCAGCGGCUCCGGGCUGCAGAACCGCGUGGCCUUCGUGCAGAACGACCCCAGCCAGUACGACGCCUCCAUCCGCCUGGCCGACCUGCAGGUCUCCGACACGGGCACCUACCAGUGCCGGGUGAAGAAGAACACCGUGGCCGUGCACGAAGUCAUCGUCACCGUGCAAGAGAAACCGGCCGCGCCGCAGUGCUGGACGGAGGGCGAGCAGGCGGAGGGCAGCAGCGUCCUGCUGCGCUGCUACAGCCGAGGAGGGACCAGCCCCCUCGCCUACCAGUGGGCCAAGCAGUCUGACGGCUACGGCGGGGGCCGCCUGCCCUCGGGCACCGUCCAAGGACGGGCUCCUGGCGACCUGCUGAUCCGCGGCCUGUCGGAGCAGCACGCCGGCGUCUACCAGUGCCGCGUGAGCAACCGCGUGGGCUACUCCACGUGCCAGCUCAGCCUCGACCCCCGGCCAAGUAGGCAAGCGGGCAUCAUCGUGGGCUCCAUCCUGGGCUCCCUCCUCCUCCUCACGCUGCUGGGGCUCCUCAUCUGGGCCCUGAUCUGCCGCUACCGCCGCAAGGAGUGCCAGCGCACGUGCAGCGACUGCAGGAGCAGCACGGGCGGCACCAUGCCCCGCGCGUGCACCGUGUGCCACCACAGCUACUCGCCGCACGGCAUGAGCUACAUGCAGUGCCAGCACGGCGACAACGAGGAGCGCGCGGCCGCCCUGCUCUGCAACGAGGGCAUCCGGCACCAGGUCAACUGCCCCCCGCUCUAA